ACCCUUAGAAUUUAAAGGGUUCCUCCUCACUGUACCACGGGCCCCUCCCUCUCUGAAUUACCGUUGAGGCAGAGGAGGAGGUCCGCCGGUGCUUUGUUCUUCACAGUUAUCAUUUCCGCGCAAUUCGCAUUGCAUGUACGUGGUAACUUAGCAAGAAUAUUUCAGGGCACUUCUCUGGGAGGAACAAAACAGUUAAAGCUGCUUGCCACCAGUAGAUUUCAAAUUGGUAUAGUAACAUUUCGACCCGGUGAAGAUGUCAGACGUUCAUAUGGGAUCUCACACACUGAAAUCUCAUGGAGUCAAAGUGGCUAAAUCGCACAUGUAUGACUGGAUGAUUCUUGUAGUUCUUGGGGCCAUCGAUAUUACUUUGAAUCUCAUCGAGCCUUUUCACCGGUUUAUUAGUGAACAAAUGAUGAAUGAUGUAUCCUACCCUUUUCAUCCAGACACUAUACCUAUGUGGGCUGUUCCGAUUUUUGCAAUAAUCUUGCCGGCCGGUAUCUUUUUUGCUUUCUACCUCAAGAGAAAGGAUGUUUAUGACUUGCACCAUUCUAUAUUGGGUCUUCUCUAUUCAGUUCUGAUAACUCUGGUUAUCACUGAUUCAAUCAAAGAUGCUGUUGGUCGCCCCCGUCCCAACUUCUUCUGGCGGUGUUUUCCUGAUGGAAUAGGUGUAUAUGAUCAGAAGUAUGGCAAUGUUAUGUGUACUGGAGAUAAGUUGAUUAUAAAGGAAGGAUAUAAAAGCUUUCCUAGUGGUCAUUCUUCAGUUUCAUUUGCAGGCCUCGGUUUUCUUUCGUGGUACUUGGCUGGGAAGAUCAAAGUGUUUGAUCGUCGAGGCCAUAGUGCAAAGCUGUGCAUUGUGCUGUUUCCACUACUUUGUGCUGCUUUGGUUGCAACCUCACGGGUGGAUGACUACUGGCAUCAUUGGCAAGACGUCUUGUGUGGUAGUCUUAUAGGAAUUGUCAUAGCAUCAAUUUGUUACUUGCAGUCCUUCCCUUAUCCAAACAAGGAAGAGGGGUGGGCACCUCAUAUAUAUCAUCUAAUGAUGGCUGCAGAGCGGAAUGAUGCCUUGGCGACAAGGCUUGAACCUCUUCAUGCACGAAGAUCAGAUGUCGAAACUCCAGAUGAUUCCAUUCCACCUGAAGCUAGAUGCAUCUAUGCACUUGGAAGCUCCAGCUUCAUCUUCAUUUCACUUGCACAUUUCUCUGGAAAUAUGCAGACAUUUGCAGCAUUCAAGAUUCAGAUGAGGAGGUUCCGGAGGAGGAGACGUUAUCGUAGGCUAGGAAGUGUGGUUAUUACUGAGGAACAUGCAGCCGGAGGGAGAGGGAAUCUAAAGUUUUGGAGAAUUAGAGUGACCCCAAAACUGCGGCUCAAGGUUACAACAUCAUCGAUGGCAGUUCUCAGAAGGCUUAGGAACGCUUAUGUAGGAAUGAUGCUUUGUUUCGCUGGCCGUGUUGCGCAGUUGAAUUCAUGUUAG